UCAGCAGCUAAGAGCGCUGGAGGAGAUUGGCUGAGCUAAAAGGUGCCGUGACGCUGCCGGGGCCAGGAGCUGGCAGAGGCUGCCCCGAACAGACGGAGGGGUGGGCAGGAGGAGGAGGAUGUCGGCACUCAGCGCGUUGCCUUUCCUGAAGCCCGUUCACCUGAGGUCCCCCCGGAGCUCGCCCGGGGGCCAGCGCCGCCACACGCUGCCCGCCAGUGAGUUUCGCUGCCUCAGCCCCGAGGACGCCGUCAGCGUGUUCGAGAUCGAGCGGGAAGCCUUUAUAUCUGUCUCUGGGGACUGUCCCCUCCACCUGGAUGAGAUCCGCCACUUUCUGAACCUGUGCCCAGAGCUCUCCCUCGGCUGGUUUGAGGAAGGGCGGCUCGUGGCGUUCAUCAUCGGCUCCCUCUGGGACCAGGAGAGGCUCAGCCAGGCAGCGCUGACCCUGCACAAGCCGCGGGGCACGGCGGUGCACAUCCACGUGCUGGCUGUGCACCGCACCUUCCGGCAGCAGGGCAAGGGCUCCAUCCUCAUGUGGCGGUACCUGCAGUACCUGCGGUGCCUGCCCUUCGCCCGGCGCGCCCUGCUCAUGUGCGAAGAUUUCCUCGUGCCCUUCUACCAGAAGUGCGGUUUCGAGGCGCUGGGUCCCUGCGAGGUGACGGUGGGGGAGCUGGCCUUCAUCGAGAUGCAGCAUCCCGUGCGGGGACAUGCCUUCAUGCGCAGGAACAGCGGCUGCUGAGCCCGCUCCGGUCCAGCCCUGCCGGGGGUGGGUGGGGGGGGGCUGGAGAGAGGUUGUUGGGAGGGGGGGAUAAGGGGCUGCGACCCCUCUCCAUCCCCUCCACGGUUAUACAUCUUCCCUGGCUACAGCUGCUCCCUCUGCCACAUCUGCCUUCCAGCCAGGAGAUCAGCCCGGCCCCGUGCCAGCCCGGCUGGGGACAGGAAUCUCCAGCCUGGCCCCCCUGGAAGCACCGACACCCCCCUCCCCAUCAGGUCUGUGCCAGUAAGCCGGGACGGGCUGCAGGGCCCUGUGCCCCCUGGGGAGGGAAAGGCUUUGCCCUAGGAGCAGCUGGGGGGGGGGGGUGUGCUCCGCUGAUUUAGGGGUGCUCACAGCCCCGUCUUGCUGAGACACGCAGCAGAGCCCGUCCGUACCUGUGCCCCCAGCCCUGCCCCCCCUCCCACCAUCAACACCAACACCACGAGUGAAGCACACCACGGCCAAGCCCUCCCUGAACAGCCCCCCGACACCCCCCCCGGAGCUGCUCCCUGCAGAGCCUCCCUGGGGGACCAGUCCGAACCAGUCUCCCCCACCCUCAGACCCAAGACUGGCCCAGGACAAGCCUUCUGCAAAUGCCUCGGGCUGUUGUGAAGGAGCAAAUAAAGCUGUGGAGGCAGUUUUCUAA